CUGUGACCCCACGCUCGGUCUAUCAGGAUCUACCCAAACACUCUCUGGUCUUAGGGAUCAAGACGACUGCUUCAACCUUAUUUUUUCAUCCCCUACAAGUUACUGCUUCUGGUCGUGAUGGAUAGAAUGUCCCGACAACCCAAGCUUCGCCCCAAGUCGUACAUCCCGGGCUUCCCAGAUGCUAUCUAUGAUCUGUCCGCGGUUCAAUCCCUGUCGCAACUUGAAUCCCGCGCGGGGUUGAUCGAUGACAAGCAUGAUCAGCGCGUCUUUCGGGUCAAGCGCAAGCAUGUCCUCAAGGCUUGUGACCGAUGUCGAGUGAAAAAGACCAAGUGUGAUGGGAAACAACCAUGCAAUCGCUGUUCGGCAUACAACCACCCUUGUUUAUUCCGGGAGAGGAAGGCCACGCAGACCAAAGUGUACUCUCGAGGAUUCGUCGAGAUGCUGGAGUCGCACCAUUCGCUCGUCGUGAAGGCCUUGCAGAAGCUUUAUAAACUGUGCCUCAACCAAGAAGGAUUCCCGGGGGAGCCUCUCGUUGAAUCACCCGAUGGCUAUCCUCUAACCCAUGCGAUCCUCGACCGUCUCGGUCUGAUUAAACAAGCCGAGGAGAGCCACGAGGACGCAGAAGAAGAUACGGAAGACCUUCAAUUCUUGCGCUUGCUGUCCACCUCGACAGACUCUAGUGCCGCAUCGGAUCCGUCCCCAGAGCCUGCCACGCCCCCAGACCCUUCCCCUUGCACCAGCAGCCCGGUGACCCUUUCCCCUCGGACCGGAGGUCCCUGGAAAUGGGAGUUCCCGCCAGUCCCCACCGGACACGCAGGGCAUUAUCAAAGCCUUGCGCAGCCCGGCUUCCAAGGCAUCUCUCUGUCGCGGCCCUCUCUUGAGCCAGCACACCCUACAAGCGAAGCUAAAAUGCCACAAUCCGUGGGCCCAAUCUCUAACCCGAACCAUCACUACUCUUAUUAUGAAAAUGACCACUGUAACGGAUUACCAUCCAAGACGUGUUUUGCGCUGCCCGGUGCCCCCACAGCACCGGGGUUCCAUCCCGCAACAACCGCGCCUGGUAUGCCGGUCGACAUGCUAUCAGACUACGCACUCCCAAUGACAGACCACCAAGCCAUGUACCCGACGGUUGCACCCGGCUGGAACUACCCUUGUGGAUGACGACGACUCUUCCAGAUUAACAUUCGCUCGAUUCAUAUUCGUUUCCAGUCCAUUCUUCCAGUGUUCGGUUGCAUACCCAAGCCUUGACAGCUUU